AGGCAUUUAAAAGUGUUUAAAUACUCUGGGUGUCAGGUAACAAAUCUCUUUGGUAAUGAGUAACUGACGUAACUGAWGUGUUACACGGCUGAACCUGACCCGAGCUGACCCUUCUCUCGUUUUUUCGUCGUUUAUCUUCGCUAAUGAGCUGAAAGAAAAUAGGCCUCUUCAAACGGUCGACACGACGAAAAUCAGUUUUAUUGUGAACACUGGUCUGUGUGUAUUACUAAWAGAAUUACUGAUGGAAAGAGAAGARCAUUCAACGACCACAUGCAGCUAUCAUAAAGACAUGCUUUACUAUCGGUUUCGACUUCGAGUAUUUAUAUGCUCGUUUCUGGCAAUGAUCGCUGUUUUGUUCGUUGUGGGCUGUUUGAUUAUUCAAGUCUUCAACUCGUCAACUAUCUUUCCUAAAAGUUACGAUCUUGGUGAGGGAGAUAUGAGGCUUAUAACUGUAUCAACUACAUUCUGUGAAGGAAUCUCACUGCACGCGUCSAAGUUACCACAAACGUUAACUGUUGUGGAUGAAGUWAGAGCCGUCAAAAAGGCACGCGUAUCAAAUGUGACCCUGGAUAUCUUCAUCCCACCACAUAAAUAUUGGUACAAGGCUUUCUACCUCUUGAAAGGAUCAAAGAUUCWGGUUGAAGCAAACUCUGAAAGUUUCUUUCAACUUUUGAUUUUCAAGGGGAAAUCAAACUUUGAUGGAUGGAUUGGAAAACAAAAGCUUGAGCAUGAAUCCAAGACAAAUAAAAGAGGAAAAGACAAAAGAACACGAAUUUCUUAUGUUUACAAUGUCAGCCAGGAUGAGAAUUACUACAUUUUGUUUAAACGCAUAUCAGUUUUACCACGUGUGAUCGAUUUGUUGGUAAAUCUAUCUGUUUCGCGGCGUAUUUUCGAUKUAUCCAAUCCUAUUCUGCGUUGUGACGCUGCCGCGGGAAAACCGUGCGAAGCGAGGCUUCUUUUCAAUUCAAAAGAGAAGACAAUAGUAGAAGUGUCCGGGAGGUCAAAUGAGUAUCUUUAUAUAAACAAUUUUCCAUCAACCUGGAACUGUCAGCCUCGGAUAUGGUUCUUUAUAGUAGUAUUUGGUGGUGGAUAUAUUGCUUGUAUCACAUGUACACUGGUUAUAUACAUCUUAUUAAUGAAUACAUACACUGACCAUCUCAAAUCCAAAGCGCGCAARCAUAGUAUUAAAUCACAGAGCAGUUUUAAUGAAUCUUAUCGAGAACAUGGUGGAUCAACAAGAAAGCAGCGUGYUAGUCUUAAAAUGUCAUCAYAUACACUCCCUUCRCGUAGUUCGUCUCGCGCUGGUGGUCAAUCAAAACGGUCCMGCGCUAAUGGAUCGUUGAAACAUAAACACGGCGAGACAACGUUACCAUCUGUUAUACCACACAUCUACAAUGGCGAUUCAUCUGACAGUGAACACGAAGGAAUUGAAAAUGACUUUCACCAGCUUCGUCGAGUUCCGUCUAUGGAGAACAUAUCGCUUGCUUCAUUUGAUACAACUGUUUCUCUACCAGUAACCUUCAAUAGCUUCAACCGACGUACUGCCGAUGCUGAUACAGUAAGCUGUCACUCAUUUCGACAUGACGUCAAUCAUCAUAGAUUUCGUCAUCGUGAUCGUCACCAUCCUCGACUCCACCAGGAAUUGAAGCUUGAGCGCGAGGGUUUGCGCGAUAAAGCGCAUUGUGCGGGACUCAUCUCGCACCAAAGUGAUUCUCAACUUUCUCGUGCGCGGAAUAUGACACUUCCAUCGCGAUUCCCUCGCGAGAAUAACGCACGUCGCGAUUUUUAUCGCGAUUUGGAGCAAGCUGCACGUACGGAAAGUGAGCGAGUAUUAGUUCAUUCUGCUAACAGUACUCCUCUUUUUGACCGUAAGGAUUUACCAGGAAACACAGGCCGACGUGAUUAUCCGCUUGACUUUGAAUUUGCGCGCAAAGCUAAUUGUCCUGCGCGGCAUUCUAGCGACUCGCAACUUGAUCGACGUGUACAAACGCUGCCAGCUCGAGGCAGAAGAGACUUUUAUCGCGACCUGGAGCUGGCGCGAAGACGUGACGCUAAUCAYAACUACAAACGUCUCASAUCUGAUGAAGAAAGCUGCCAUGGAAUAGAUAGUGAUUACGAAAUGGAAUUCGAACGAGCAAUCGAGCGUCAUGACAACAAGAGAUUGAUUUCAUAUCAUCGUGUUCAACCUUUAGAAGACACGGAUGACUCCGAUCAAGUCUCAGUUGGAGAUCAGUUGGAUCGAAUUGCGGACGCGGAAGAUAACAAAAAACGUCCAGCAAAUAAAACCCAUUUAUACGUAAACGGUUUCCCUCCUCAAAUGGAACCAUUAUUGAAAGCAACACCAGUCCGUGAACAUCAAAAUCAUUUGGUUGUCAUCGAGGCUGAAGAGAUGCCUGAUGGAAAAAAAAUCAACAAAAAGAAAYCAAAAAAAGAUUUGAACAAAAAAGAUGUAAAAUUACGAAAUCAUUCAAGUAGGCACAAGGAACGUUUUUGGAAACCACGGCUUUCGAUAGUAUCAGAAGUUUAACCUUUGUAGCUCGGUGCUGUUCUCAAUUGUUGUUUUAUAUUACUUUUAGUGAUCAUCGCAGCGCUACUUGGACAAGCGUGACAAAUAUUGUGAUAUGUUCAUCGCAGCGCUACUUGGACAAGCGUGACAAAUAUUGUGAUAUGUUCAUCGCAGCGCUACUUGGACAAGCGUGACAAAUAUUGUGAUCUCAGGAUUAGGAAGGAAGGUGAAAUAUUUGAGUUUCUGUUGAUCCAGACACUAAGUGUGAACAACGCCCUCGAUUAGAGAUAAAAGGUCAGCCAAGGAUCGUUUAUACAGACAGCCUUCAACUGUCUACACCUCUGUUAGACGUGAACCGACCUGUGUAAAUCUCCCAAAUUGUCUCAAAAAUGACAAGCACUAUUAUCACUGGAAAAAUCUAGAAAAACCAGUAUCUGCUGUUGUGUAUACCCAAAGAAUGUCAAGACUCUAUUGUUUGGAGUCAAUGACACUAAAGAGUGCUUAGAAAAUAUUUCUUUUUAGUUAAAGGAAUAUCAAAACCCUUGAGCGACACUCCAUAUGAUUGAUGUUGCGUCGAGUAACUCUUAAUGGACCUCCUCUUUGACUYGGGUUUUUAUGUCAUAUGCCCGCACUUCAAAGCUCAAAAGCACGUGAAAAAUGAAUCUAUUGACCUUGCGGAUUAGUCAUAACGAAUGACUUCAAGAAACGAUGAGAAAAACUAAUCUCUUGUCAUAAAAGGGUGGAAAAAAUGAUYASAAAAAUAGUAGUCUUGACUGACGUAAACAGGUUAUCAAAUCAAUGAAAAGAAUAUAUUUUGUUAUAUUGUUCAUGUUUCGCUGAGUGCCACUCCUUAAGCAAAGACAAGAGUCUUACUUUUUCCACAGAGCUUUAGUUUUAUAUUCAGUUUAUUUAUAGUUAAUAUUAACUAUGGUUUAUUCAAAAAGUUAUUCAACAAAAUAUAAAGACAAUGUAUGAG